AUGGAAAGAGGCCACAGUUGGGCUUUCGUGAUCACAGGGGCGGCAAACCCCAAGCGCAGGUUGACACAGAUAGGGAAAGAAACAAAGAUUGCAGGAGUGGCGGAAGCUGUUAGGAAAGCAUCUCCUAAGCACGGCCGCACUUACACUGUAUCCCCAAACUUGCCAGUUUCUGUCUUGGAAACUCGUGAUGUACCCAGGCGGCGGCUUGUAAUCACCCCACUGGGUGGAUUUCGCUACCCCACUCCCCACACCAAGCAGGCCCAGAUCGUUUGUCCUUCCCUAGCUGGACACUCCUGCCGGGACCGGCAACCAGUGAGAGAGAGAGAGAGAGUGCCCCUUCCUCCCCUCUGGCUCCGUGGGGAGCCGGAGUCCUCGUUGCUUUCAUCUUCCCGCCUGCCCUCCUCUUCUCGUCCUGCUUGGCUUCCCUCUGUCAGGCUCUCCUCCAAAGAGCUGAAAGCAGGGAGAGGAAAGCGUGUGUAUUUCCUACUAGUCACCGAGGGGAGAGCCCUGAAGGACAGAGACCCAGUACCACCUCCUCCAAUUUCUCUUCCCAGCUUUCCUUCACUUGGAAAACAGGACACGGACAGAACAUCUAACUUCAGACAGCCAUCAGGAGUAAGUACUAAUCACACCUGUCCUGACUAA